AUGGACAUCAACCUGUACAUCCACAGUGUUGAAGUGGAGCUGGCCACGAGGGAUACAACUGUGAGGGGGGACGAGCAGGAGGAAGAAAAUGUGGUGUACUGCCUGCACAUUAAAGUGGAGAGUGGCGACGCGAGGGGAGAUUCAAGCAGUCGGGGAAGCAAUGGGGCAGGCAGUUGGGAAAACAGUUGGACAAACGGGCAGCCAAGUAGUGGCGCAAGUGGACGCCCCUAUGGCGCGCAGCGUGGUCUGAAGAACGAAAUGCCGAAUGGACUCUUUUACGAAACGCCAUGGUACAUGUGCGUGAAGAAGGGACAAAACGAAAUAUGUCUCAUGUCUUACGAAGUGAACAUUUCACACGCGUUUAACAUGCUGGAGAGGGACGAGGGACUCACCCUGUACGUACUGCGGAAAGACCUGAACAAAGACAAAGUCGAUUACCUGCACCGAAGCGAACUGAACAUGAAGAACAAAAGACUCUACGAUAAGAAUUAUUGUAUCUUUUUCGAAAAUGAUAAACUAAAGGGGAAAAUAAAAGUUCAUUUAAAAAAUGGAAUUAUAUAUAAUCACACGUUAAGUGAAAUAAAAACGGGGAAUUAUUUGGAAGAUACCCAUUUGCAGAAAUUUUUGCAAACUGAAUUUCCCACAGAGUCAGGUCAAGCACAAGUGGACGAUAAAAUUGACCAUAGUCCAAAAGAACAAAGCGGAUUAUCACAAGACAAGCAUAUAAUUAACGAGUUUAAUGAAUUGCUUAACGCGAGGAGAGUUUUAUACUGGGUCUACAUAGACGACAACGGGAAGGAACAAGGCCCCUUCAACAGCAACACCAUUUUUACUUGGAUCAUAAAUGAGUAUUUUGAGGAUGAUACGUUAAUUAGAUUACACGAUAAGGGUAAGUACUACAAAUUGUGCGAAGUUAUUGGUUACAUUGAAAAAAACGUGUUAUUAAAUUCGGCCAGCCAUGAACUGGUUGGUGACAACCUGGGGAACAACAUUCAGGGUACCCUUCCCCAGGGAGUGAAUACAAACUGGGAAGUUUCGAAAGGGAGCCAAACGGAGAAACAGAAAAAUUCAAUCCACGGGGGAGUUACUACUCCAAAUGACAUGGGCGAUUGCGUCAUAAACAAAAGUGAAAUCAAUUUCCCCGAAGGGGAGUACGUUGGACAAUACACGGAGAAGACUUCCCAAAAUUUAAAAGAAAAAUACAGCAACGAAGUAGGUGCAAAGAAACCCAUUUUUGAUGUUCGCAGUAAAAGUGAAGAUUUUCCAAAGGGGGAAGAUGCCACAAUUCAUAACAAAGCACAUAAUAACAAAAAUGUAAAAAAAAAAAAUCAAGUGAAAAAGCUGAAAAAGGAGAUUAAAAGGAUCAAAGACGAAAUGGUUAAGUUGAAGGAAAGUGCUUGUUCGAGUAGACGUGCCGUUUGUGACGAUGCGGAGGUGGAAGCACGUCAUGACUUGUCCCCUCGGUGUGGGGAGGACAGGGUGUCCAAUUUAACGUCCAACGGGGCAUCGAAACAGAAUUGCUGCACCAUCCAAAAGGAAUCACAGAUCAGCACAAAUAAUAAUGUAACUCAUGAGACGACGCACAUUGGACCUCCCCAAGAAAAUGCCAAACCACACACACAUCCGUGUGAACAGAACGUAGGGGGAAGUACUACCCAGAAUAAUGGACAAAGUGUAACAACUGGACAUGUUAAAGCGUGUGUAAAUUACGCCAAUGCUGCUUUUUCAAACGAAGCGGAAAUGAUCGAAAAAAUAAUUAGUGAUAUUAAUGAAGAGUUUCGAAUAAAAGAAAAUCACCAAAAACAGAGGUGCAUGGAAAUUGCCAUGAGCAGUAUAAGUCAAGCUCAGGAAUGCCUUCUCAAUAUAAAGAAGAAGCGAAUGACUUCCUACCUGAACAGAAUAAUUAACUUAUCAAUUCAUGACGAGGCAAUAUACAUCGGGGAGGACAAUCGUGAAAUGGUUCCUAUGGAGAGGAGACACUUGAAGAAGAAAGCGCCGAAUAAUGGCACCUUUGGAGGUAUACGCAGCGUUGCUUAUGAUGCCUCGUGUGUAACAUGCCCAACGUGUGCUACUCCAAAGAAGGUAAUUUUUAACACGAAUGCGUUAGGAAGUAUCAACCAAGGGACGGGCAAAAAGGGUUACCUCCACGGGAGGGGGAAGUUUUCAAAUGGGGGAUUGGAAAGUGCGCCGAGGAAGGAGAAGAAGGUGGGAUAUUCGUUAGUAAUAAAUGAGGGGUCGCUGAAAAGUGUUGAGAAGGUUAAAUUGGUUGAUGGGGAAGGGAGGGCGCAGGGAAAAACGGAAAAAUGGGCAAACAAGAGGGAAAAUAAGAGGUCGCAAGGAAGGAGCUGCGAGGAAGUUUCCAAGGAGCAGGCAACCACUCUGUGCCUUAACGGCCAGAACAACGCAGAAGUUGUGUACAACUACUACAUAAGUUACGAUCAAUUUUUGAAGUACAUAAUUUUGAUACAGCGCAGUGUAAGGAUGUGGCUAACCAGAAGGAAAAGGCGGAGCUCCGGGUGGAGAAAAAACCAAUACGGUGUCCACAACUCGGAAGAACUAGGCCACUGUUGUACUUUUAGGAGUAGCGCCUUAGGUGGCAACCAUGGGGAGAAAGAGAAAGAGAAAAACCCAGGAGAAGAUCCAACUCGAAUAAAAAAAGAAAAGUGCAAGCAAGACAUAAUAAAUCGUAUAUUCGAAAAUGUGCAUUUUUUGAAUAAUGAAAAGAAGGAGAUACAUGAAUCGUAUGUUACUUUUUUAGAGCAAGAAAUGGGAAACAAAAUGGAAAGGGGGAAAGCACCGAUAUUCUCAUCCCUGCUACAGGGUGUUGAAGCGGAGAGAGAUGACAUCCCUGUGGGUUCCUCUCCAAAUGGUGACUACCUUUUUAAUAAUAAGAAGAACCAGAUGAACAAUUAUGAGGAAGACGAUCUGAGGAGGAGGAGGUGCGACGAGAGGAGACUGCUUGACAGGGGACUGCUUGACAGGGGAUUGCUGGACAAGGGACUGCUGGACAAGGGACUGCUUAACAGGGGAUCGCUUGACAGGGGACUGCUUGACAGGGGACUGCUUGACAGGGGAUUGCUGGACAAGGGACUGCUUAACAGGGGAUCGCUUGACAGGGGACUGCUUGACAGGGUUCACAAGCUUCAAGCAGAUAUAUUUGAAAACGGAGGCAACUCACUCAGAAGGGAAGACACCGAAAUGGUUAAACAAACGUAUGGCGUCAAAAGUGAAGAUAUAAAUUUUGAGAGAGAGGAUGUGAGAUCAUGUAAGAGAAACGUGCAUGAGCUAUUGUGUAACCUGUUAAGUAAGUACAAAAAUGCGAGUGAGGAAAUAGGGACGAACGAAAAAUUAAGCAACCUGUACCCAAACGAACAAUUUACACGUAACCUAAAAAAGUACAAUAGCUUCCUCAAGUCGAUAGAAAAAAAAGACAUCUCUGGAAAGAGGGACACAUUACUAUCUGUUGUGAACAACUUGAAAUUUGAUAACAUAUUGGGUGAAAAGAAAAAAAAUUGCCAAGUGCAAAAGGAUUUAAAGAGUAAUCCCGCCAUGCCCAGGCCAUGUUCGUUUCUGAGCUAUAGAGAAAGUCCCGCCCAUAACUGCAGUUACAAUGAUAAAGGACAGAAUGGAGUGGACGACGGUAUCACCAAGGGGGGAAGUGACAUAGGCAGAAGUGACAUAAGCAGAAGUGACAUAAGCAGAAGUGACAACAAACUGGCACAAAUUAAAUUUCUACAAAAGGGCAAUUUUUUUUUGUAA